AAGCAAAACACUGCAGCACUUUGGCAUCUCCCAGUGAGGAAGAAAUUAAGGAGGCUGUGCCUCCUGGUUGCGCGAAGAGUCCAAACUAUUUCUCAGAAACCUCUGAUAGGUGGACCUUAGAGGAAACGCCACCGAGCACAGCAAGAUUCAGAAAAUACACCCUUGCCUGCCUGCUCAGGAGACACAGACAUUGGCUCUUCUCUUAGAGAACCUGAAGAGAAACCUGUACAUCAGCCAAAAGAGCCUCAAGUACUCUUUUGGCGUGAGGAAGAGAUGGCUGCUGGAGGGAGGUGAAUGCAAGGAGAGAUGGCUUCCGGCUGGGGCCAGGCUUAGCAUCUGCUCUGGCUCUCAGUCACCUUGGGCAGGAUGUGCCACUAGACCACCAUGGACACGGCCCCCGGCGCAGGCCUGCAGCUGCAGCAGCUUCUGCCCACUAGCAGCGCCACCUCCGUGAGUGUGAAUGAAGUCUCCUUCUCCUAUAAGGAAAACCUGAUUGGUGCCCUUUUGGCGAUUUUUGGGCACCUCGUGGUCAGCAUUGCGCUUAACCUCCAGAAGUACUGCCACAUCCGCCUGGCAGGCUCCAAGGACCCCCGGGCCUAUUUCAAGACCAAGACAUGGUGGCUGGGCCUGUUCCUGAUGCUGCUGGGCGAGCUGGGUGUGUUCGCCUCCUACGCCUUUGCCCCACUCUCACUGAUUGUGCCCCUCAGCGCAGUCUCAGUGAUAGCUAGUGCCAUCAUAGGAAUCAUAUUCAUCAAAGAAAAAUGGAAACCUAAAGAUUUCCUGAGGCGCUACAUCUUGUCCUUUGUUGGCUGUGGUUUGGCCAUCAUGGGCACCUACCUGCUGGUGACCUUCGCACCCAACAGUCAUGAGAAGAUGACAGGCGAGAACAUCACCAGGCACCUCGUGAGCUGGCCUUUUCUCCUGUAUAUGCUGGUGGAGAUCAUCCUAUUCUGCCUGCUGCUGUACUUCUACAAGGAGAAGAACACCAACAACGUCGUCGUGAUCCUCCUCUUGGUGGCCUUGCUUGGCUCCAUGACAGUGGUGACAGUCAAGGCCGUGGCUGGGAUGCUGGUCCUAUCCAUCCAGGGGAACCUGCAGCUCGACUACCCCAUCUUCUACGUGAUGUUCGUGUGCAUGGUGGCCACCGCUGUCUACCAGGCUGCGUUUUUAAGUCAAGCUUCACAGAUCUAUGACUCCUCGUUGAUCGCCAGUGUGGGCUACAUCCUGUCCACCACUGUGGCUAUCACAGCAGGUGCAAUAUUUUACCUGGACUUCGUCGGGGAGGAUGUGCUGCACAUCUGCAUGUUUGCACUGGGGUGCCUCAUCGCCUUCUUGGGCGUCUUCUUAAUCACUCGGAACAGGAAGAAGGCCAUUCCAUUUGAGCCCUACAUUUCCAUGGAUGCCAUGCCAGGUAUGCAAAACAUGCAUGACAAGGGCAUGACAGUCCAGCCUGACCUCAAAGCUUCUUUUUCCUAUGGGGCCCUGGAAAACAACGACAACAUAUCCGAGAUCUACACCCCUGCCACACUGCCAGUCAUGCAAGAAGAGCACAGCUCCAGAAGCACCCCUGGGGUUCCCUACCGUGUCCUGGAGCACAGCAAGAAGGAAUGAGCCACCUCCACGUGACUUGCCUUCUCUUAACUGCUCAAGCCUGGCCGACAGUGGCUCCACCCUUCAUUCUACAACUUGCCUUCCUGAUCUUACCUUUCAGACUGCAAGUUCUAUGGAAGCAGAUCUUGGAAAGCCUCAGUUUCUGGCAAGCAAACAUUCGCUUGGUCUUGGAAAUUUCAAAUGGGGAUGGGGGGAGCUGGGUGAAAGCAGAAUUCCAGGUGGGCUUAGUCCAGAGAAAUUGGGAGCCUUUUCAUCUCCUCAAAGACAGACACUGGGCCUCCCCAGCCUGUGACCAAAGCCAGUGCAACGUUCUUCAAAGCAAAACCAAGUCAGAGAUUCCACCCUGACCAGUCUGGAGACAGUGAGCACUGGUCUUCCGCCACCACACGUGCAUGCCUUGUCUCUGUCAUCUCCUGAAUCUCUGUUUUUGACAGUAUUCAUGUCCACCUUUUCACACACAGCAGGCCAGCCCUGAACAUGUGGUCUUUGGUGUCUUGGCAGUGUACAUCUGCCUUCUGUCCGUGCCCCUCCAAUGAGGAUGAUGGUGUGUGUUUAUUUUGGAUCAUCUCUGAAAACAAACCUGGUUUUUGUUCUCUGGGAACUACUUGAUCCCACCCCACCCUCCCACCAAGGAGCCGGGAAGUUAGCAGAAGAAAGAGAAAAACUAAGAGGGCUGGGAGCAAGGGUGAUGAUACCUGAGCCCAUUUGGGAAGAAAAGUCCCUCUUAAUCUUCCUGCCCAUCUUUAUAAACGAUAGGCAGGAAAUCUGGCUGUUUGAUCGGUUAUUUUUUCCCUGCACAUUGCCACCAUCUGGGAAGAUAGGGGGGGCCUCACUUUUCAGCCUCUCCCACUUCCGCUCCAUCCUUCCUUUAUAGACCCACAAACCACACCGGAACUGUUGGUUCAUUUCUCUGCAGUUGAGAGACUGUCUAGGUCUUCGGCUGUGAGCGCUGUGACCCAGUGAAGCCUUCGAACAUGACUGUCUUCCCCUCUGCCAGUGGCGGCAAAUCUAUGGCACUCGUGACAAACCAGGCUGUUUGUAUCGUUGAAAGCUCUAAAAGGUUUGCCAUCAAUGCCUUAGGCUGUGCACUUCUGAGAAUGGCAGGGAAAGAUUUGCAAACUUUAAUAUGAGGAUCCCCUAGGAGUUUAUUUAAAAUACAGAUUCUUACACCCCCAACUGCAGAGACUCGGGUUAAGUAGGAAUGGGGUGGAGCCUAAGCAUCUGCAUUUUGAACUGGCACCACGAGAUUCUGAUGCUAAUACCCAGAGAUCACACCCCUCAAAAGCCUACUAAUUGGAGAAGACACCACUAAGACCUCCGAGACGCAUGCCAGAAAGUUAGAAUUAUAGUUCCAUUUCCUCUCGGCAUUCCUCUGGCAGGUGAAAUAGCCCUGGAGGAUCUGUAGCAUUUCUCCACCUAGUAAAUACACUUAGGACUAGCUUACUGCCUCCCUAGACAGCCUUUAACUAACAGCCAAGAUACCAGUGUUACCAGACCAGUGUUAGCCAGCACUUAACCGUCUGGACUUCGCUCAAUGCCCAUGUAGGACCCUGACUUCCAAAGCUCUGCCAUCGUUGCCUGUGAUAAGCACUUCAUAUUCUGUCUUAGCCACCCACUUUUGUAUUGUGUCUUAAAUGCCCAAGAAGGCAACAGACAAGGAGCUUUACCCCUUAGGAAGAAUAUCCACUCAGUUCAACAAUAUUUUUGAGGCAUUUACUGUGUAUUACAAAUUUAGAGGGCAAAGCUACAAACAUAAGAUUUAGUCCCUGCCAUCCAGGCCAGCAGGAGGAGACAUAGUGGCCCUGGAGUCUCUGGCAGGGUGGGCGGUGACAGAAAGUGACAGUCAUGGUGGCCUUGAACCCAAAGCUAUUCAGAAUUGGAGACGAUUUGGGCUCCACUGAUGAAUGGUGGCAAAGCCAGCUAUGAUUCGCACCAAGCAUAGAUAGUGGGGUGAUUCCCCCCUCCAGGCAAAGGGGCCAGCAUUUCCAAAGCACAGGGAUUAGGAGGUGGAGUUGUCAAAGAAGAGCCAGGGAGGAUGGUGGGAGUUGAGCCUCAAAAAAUCAGCAAUGGAGGCCAAAUCCUGGGGGUUAAGUACGGACUGGGGAGAACAUGUGAGCCUUUGAUGGUUCAUGAGGAACAGAAUGGCAGGAUCUGCAGUGAUUAGAAAGGAGACUGUUCAUGGUGGAGGUAGAAACAGAAGGGGUAAUAAACCACCUUCAAGGUCAGUCUCUGAGCCUGCAAGAACAAAAUACAAAGGGGAAAUUAAAAUCAGGUUUCACUGCUAUUCAGGUAUUCCUCAUUUCCCAAGUGAUUUUUCUAAGCCUGGGGGUGGGGUUAGAAUGGACAUGAAGGUGAGCAGGAGAUUAUUUAAACAUGUUGAUCCCAGGGGAUCUGUAAGAAUGUGGGGUGAUACGUAUGUGCUCCCAACCUUCCUUGAAUCCCCUUCCUGUUUGUUACAGGCUGUUGGGCCUUGGUCAGCCAGCUUUCUGGAGAUGAAUGGACAAAAGUGUGCUGUAACUUUAGGUCUGCUGCAGAUCCAGGGGCUGGUGCCACCCAGGAACUUCCCUGGGCCCUGUGCAGCCUCCAGUCUUUGGCUUUGGUGCAGUGGCAUCACAAAGCUGAACCACACGGGCGGAGCAGAAAGCAAUAUGGUAGCUUCUUGAGUGGAGGCCAGGGCUCGGCCGCUGGGAAGUCAGCAAACAGUGCCGGCAGAGCCAUCGUUCCCAGAGUUCUGAAGUGUCCCAGGCUCACCACCCACAGGCAAUGUCCCGGAUGUAGAUGGACUACUACUGGCCAUGCGGCACUGGCUGCUGGGAUGGGAGGGGAACACCAGCCUUCCGCACACAGCCCUGCUGGUUUAUUGUCACUUGUGGCUCUGACAUCCCCAAGCCCUCUUAAGUUCUCAAGUCCUCGAUCUCCUUCCUAGGUAGAAAGCGAGAUACCCAAAGCAAAGUCAUUCACAGUUGUUCUCUGGUUUUUCCCGCCCACCUGCAUUGUACCAUUUUAUUCCACAGGCUGGGACUCAGCUUUAGACUGGUGCCUUCGAGGACAGGAGCCCCUUAACCCCUCCCGAUACUCCACAGGUCUAAGGAGGCCCUCACUUUAAGCUGUAGGUUUGGGGAUUUGCAGGGUAGAGGUGAAUGCUAAGGAGAGAAGAGAGGACUGACAUGUCCUUCUGAUGCCACUAUGUGGACACAGUAGUCACCUGAGUGAUGUUAGGGAACCCUCCCUGCAGCCUCCUGGAUUUCCAGUCCAACACUGUCUGACAGCCAAAAAGUUGCUUGGGUGUUUCUCUGAGAAGCUGUGUAAAUGAAGUCACUUUAGAAUAUAUUCUGUGUGGAUGCUUAUAUUUUGUUAACUUCAUGACUAAUAUGGCAUGUCUUAUUUUUCAAAAAAUGUGUACUAGGUGCAAAUAACAUUAUGAAGUGUAUUUAAUUAAAAAAAUCCAUGCAGUA